AUGUUCGUUUACAAGAGAGAUGGCCGCAAGGAGCGCGUACAAUUCGACAAGAUCACUGCCCGCGUGUCGAGGCUAUGUUAUGGCCUCAACCCCGAGCAUGUCGACGCAGCAGCCAUUACACAGAGAGUCAUCUCGGGUGUCUACCAGGGAGUGACCACAGUCGAGCUCGACAACUUGGCCGCAGAGACUGCUGCAUACAUGACCGUCACCCAUCCAGACUACGCCAUCCUCGCCGCGAGAAUAGCUGUAUCGAACCUCCACAAACAGACCAAGAAGCAAUUCUCGUCCGUCAUAGACGAUCUCUACCAUUAUGUCAACCCCAAGAACGGCCGUCCAGCCCCAAUGAUAUCCGAGAAGACUCGCGAGAUUGUCAUGAAACAUGCCGAGGAGCUCAACUCAGCUAUCGUAUACGACCGUGACUUCAACUACCAGUAUUUCGGUUUUAAGACACUCGAGAGAUCAUAUCUGUUGAGGACCAACGGCAAAGUCGCCGAACGACCACAGCACAUGAUAAUGCGAGUUGCCGUUGGUAUCCACGGCGAGGAUGUCGAGAAGGUGAUUGAGACGUAUAACCUCAUGUCUCAAAAGUACUUCACUCAUGCUUCUCCAACUCUCUUCAAUGCCGGUACCCCACAGCCACAGAUGGCCUCCUGCUUCCUCAUUGAUAUGAAAGAGGACAGUAUCGAAGGUAUUUACGAUACACUCAAGACUUGUGCUUUGAUCUCAAAGACUGCCGGAGGAAUUGGGCUCAACGUUCACCGUAUCCGUGCUACUGGAUCUUACAUUGCUGGAACUAACGGCUCUUCCAACGGCAUUGUGCCCAUGCUCCGUGUGUUCAACAACACUGCGAGAUAUGUUGACCAGGGUGGCAACAAGCGUCCAGGUGCCUUUGCCAUCUACUUGGAGCCAUGGCACGCUGAUGUCUUCGAGUUCCUUGACCUCCGUAAAAAUCAUGGAAAGGAAGAAGUUCGAGCCCGUGAUCUUUUCUUGGCCCUGUGGACUCCUGAUUUGUUCAUGAAACGAGUUGAGAAGAACGCUGAGUGGACUCUCUUCUGCCCAAAUGAGGCUCCCGGCUUGGCUGACGUCUACGGAGAUGAAUUUGAGGCCUUGUAUGCAAAAUACGAGAAGGAAGGUCGAGGCCGAAGCACAAUCAAGGCUCAGAAGCUGUGGUACGCUAUUCUCGAGGCUCAGACUGAGACUGGUAACCCCUUCAUGCUUUACAAGGACGCUUGCAACCGAAAGAGUAACCAGAAGAACCUCGGUACCAUCCGAAGCUCUAAUCUCUGCACUGAAAUCGUUGAAUAUACCGCCCCAGAUGAGGUCGCAGUUUGCAACUUGGCGUCCAUUGCCCUUCCUACAUAUGUAGACGCUGUCCGUGGUGAAUAUGAUUUUGGCAAGCUUCACGAAGUUACUAAAGUUGUUGUCAUGAACUUGAACCGAAUUAUCGAUGGAAACCACUAUCCCGUCGAAGAGGCAAAGCGAAGCAAUUUCCGUCAUCGUCCAAUAGCUGUCGGUGUCCAGGGUCUUGCUGAUGCUUUCCUUGCCCUCCGACUACCCUUCGACUCCCCCGAGGCCAAACUCUUGAACAUUCAAAUCUUUGAAACUCUCUACCACGCUGCCUUGACCGCGUCGUGCGAGCUGGCCAAGGCCGACGGUCCUUACUCUUCAUACGAGGGAUCCCCAGUGUCUCAGGGCAUCCUUCAAUAUGACAUGUGGAAUGUGACUCCAACCGACCUAUGGGAUUGGGAUUCUCUUAAGACCGACAUCGCAAAGCAUGGUGUCCGCAACAGUUUGCUCCUCGCCCCUAUGCCCACUGCCAGCACAAGUCAGAUUCUCGGAUUCAACGAGUGUUUUGAGCCAUACACGUCCAAUAUUUAUUCUCGUCGUGUUCUCGCUGGCGAGUUCCAGGUUGUCAACCCAUGGCUCCUCAAGGACCUAGUCGACCUCGGUCUAUGGUCUGAUAACAUGAAGAACCGUAUCAUUGCUGACGGCGGUUCUAUCCAAAACAUUCCCAACAUUCCAGCAGACAUUAAGGCUCUCUACAAGACCGUUUGGGAAAUUUCUCAGCGAACCAUCGUCCAAAUGGCCGCCGAUCGAGGUGCAUUCAUUGACCAGUCCCAAUCACUCAACAUCCACUUGAAAGAGCCCACCAUGGGUAAAAUCACCAGUAUGCACUUCGCAGGCUGGAAGCUCGGUCUCAAGACUGGCAUGUACUAUCUCCGCACCAUGGCUGCAUCCGCCCCGAUCCAGUUCACCGUAGACCAAGAACAGCUCAAAGUUGUCGAUACUAACGUUGCACGCGCCAAUGGAGCGAUGAAGAAACGUGUCGGCAUCGCAGGCUCUGCGAGCGCAUAUUCUGCCGUCCCACGCCCAAUGUACGACGGAACACAGCAGGCAGUUAAAGGACCAGUUUCUAAGAAAACCAUCCCAGAUGAGGAGUCGAGCACUCCCGCCUCGUCAAGUUCGAAAACUGUCUCCCAGGAUAGCUCAACUGAGAAGACCAGUGAGCCAGCUGAUGCUGAUGAGUCUGAAUCGAAGGAGGAAAAGGACGAUGCUCAGACAGAAGCUGACAUCUACUCACAAAAAGUCCUUGCUUGCAGCAUUGAGAACAAGGAUGAGUGUGUGAUGUGCAGUGGUUAG